AUGAAGACCACAAAUCGACCAGAUGAGUGGAAGAUUGAGCAAGGACUUGCUGGAGCUGAGCUCCCGGUCCUUGACAUGACCGGGCCCAAGAACGUGCCUCUGACUAUUCAGACCUUUGGGCCCUUGAGCAAGAAUGAAGAGGCUAUCAAAGCCGUGGGUGACCCUGAGAAGCUCUUUACCAGAGAGCGCGAGGGAUGGGUUGGAUUCGUCGAGUGGGAGAAUUAUCCUGACAAAAAGGCUGCCGCGCACAAGAUUCUCACCUCGCAGACCUUUCCACCCAAUCCAGAAUUCCAACUUGGUCCCAUUCCUGGAACCAACCCGGUUCUUCCGGGAACUCAUUGGAAGAUGUGGCAUCAUGCCGUUGGCGGUGAGCUGACGGAUAUUCCUGACGACUCAUGGGCCACGGUCCUCAAGGAGAAGCAUCCCGACAUGCUCCAUCUUUUGCAGUUCCCAUACAAUGGAGAGCCGCCUAAGCGCCUUGUAACUGACAAGGCGAUUACUCCCAAUUCACUUCAUUUUGUGAGAAACCACGGAGGCAUUCCGCUCAUCGACAAGGACAAGUUCAGUUUCACCAUGGAUGGUCUUGUCGCAAAGCCUCGUGAAUACACGCUGGACGACCUCAUGGACGAGUCCAGGUUUCCGCGUAUGGAGAAGACCAUCACCAUUCAGUGCUCCGGAACCCGCCGCAUUGAGCAGAUUCUCCUAUACCCUGGCCAGGGUGACGAAGUGCCUCAAGCACCUUGGGCUGAGGGUGCUAUUGGCACUGCGAAAUAUGUUGGUAUCAGUCUCAAGAAGGUCAUCAAAGAAUGCGGAGGCUUAAUCGAUGGUGCCAAGCAUUUGGAGUUCUACGGCGCCGACACCUAUUUCAAGGAUGACAAGGUUAUGAACUACCUCGUCAGCGUUCCAUGGUCCAAGGUGAAAGCAAACGAAGUCAUGCUUGCGUGGGAGAUGAAUGGCGAGAUUUUGCCUGCCAUUCAUGGAUAUCCUCUCCGUAUUGUUGUGUUUGGAUACAUUGGAGCUAGGAGUGUCAAAUGGCUCUACCGCAUCAAGGCCAUCAAGGAGCCCUCCCGAGCACCAGUCCAGAGCCAAGAGUACCUCUACUUCCCCCAACAGGUGGGAAAGCACAACUUCAAGUUGACGGAUGGCAUUCAGAUUCAAGAAAUGCCCGUCAGUUCUGCAAUCAUGUCGCCGUGGACUAAGCAAGUCGUCAUCCACAACGGCAAGAUCCGCUGCAAGGGCUGGGCUUAUUCCGGCGGAGGUCGAUGGCCUGAACGUGUCGAACUGUCGGCAGACGGUGGAUUCAAUUGGUACACUAUACCGCUCGAAAAUCUCUCCAAGAAGCGGAAGUGGACGUGGCGCACGUGGGAGUAUGAACUUCCUUGCGACGUCGAGGGCUGGGUUGAGAUUGUGUGCCGUUGUUGGGAUAGUGCCUUGAACACCCAGCCGACUUUCAUUCGCACAGCUUGGAAUUGGGGCUUGCACGUUACGCAUUCUUGUCACCGAAUUUCGGUGUACAGCGUCAACAAGACCAGAAAAGCGACCCAAGAUCGCCUCAAAGAGUUUGAACAGGCUGGCAUUCCGUUUGGCCCUAUCACUGUGCCGCUCGCAUUCCCCUCGCAGAGUUGGGACGACUAUGAGAAGUUUUGGAAGGAGCAUGAUCCUCGUGAUGCCGAAGAUGACUGA